AUGGGUCGUGGUUCACGAGUUGCUAUUAUCGGCGCAGGUUCUGUCGGUUCUUCCAUUGCCUUUGCAUUGCUUUUGCAAAAGAUUUCUUCCGAAAUUCUUUUGAUUGAUGUUGUUCCUGAAGCUGUUGAAGGUCAAGUAUUAGAUCUUUCAGAUGCCAACUUCAUUUCUUCUACCCAAGUUCGCGGUGGCACUUUUCAAGAGGCUGGACAGUGCGAUAUUGUAGUUAUUACUGCUGGUGCUAAACAGAAAUCCGGCGAAACAAGAGUUGAAUUAAUUGAAAGAAAUUAUAAAAUUUUAGAUAAUGUAAUAGGAUCUAUGAAACCAUUUAAUCCUAAUAUAAUUUUAUUAAUAGUAGCUAAUCCU